AUGUGGUUGUCACUGGUGAGCACAUUUCUACUCUUUUGUGGAUCCACAAGUUCUACUACACACGGAAACUUCCAAUUAAAAGAUGUAUAUCACAAAACAGUGUCUAUCCCUGAAACUGCUGAGAAGUUAUAUUUGGAAUCACAAUUACUGACUGGAAAAGUGACUCCAAUCAAUUUGACUCAGUCACUUUUCGAACGGCCAAUCGAUGAAACCACUUUUGAGGAAUACAGUAAGAUGGAGAUAUACAGUGGAUUGAAAGAACAUAAUGAGAUAUCGAAGAUGUUAAAUGAAGCAAAGAAAAGUACAACAACUGAUGAGAUGAGGGCGGCUAUUGGGGAUGGAUUGAAAGCGUUGGAUGGCUACAGUAAUCUGAAAUCAUUUAUCGAGGAGAUUGACUCAAAUGCAGUAAUCAGUGAUAUUCAGAAGACUGAGGAGAGAUCAAAAGUCAACCUCGCUUACGGUUUCUGGAUGCGUGACGAAAAAAAGUAUUUGUUAGAAAUAAUAGGAGAAAUCAAAGAAAUAAUUGAGAACCUGCAGUCUAUAGCCAAAGAAAACAAAGAGUUAGAUGGCAGGAAUAAAACCCAAGUUGAACUUCGACUGAUAGAUCUUCAUAGGGCGAUGGGACACAUUACAAACUUAUCCGAUCUUCUAAGGAUGGCAAUUAAAAUGAACAGUGUGUUUUUUGAAUCAAAUACCACAUCCUCGUUCAAUACUAUCAAAAAUGCGCUUGAUGAAGUGAUGGGAAAACUGACGGAAGUUAAAAACUUAGAAGGAUUGAUUGAGAAGUUGAAUUCGAUGAAAUCCGAUAUGGCUUUACUGGAAAAGUUGAGAUGGGCAGUCAGUGGAGUGAGAACACUGGAGCAAAAUCUGAAAGCGACUACGGUACUGGUAGAAAGAAUCAAAAUGUCGAAAGAGAAAUACGAAAAGUAUCAGAAAAUUGAUUCGAUUUCAUCGGUUCUUCAUCAGAUUGUGAUAUUCUCCAAGUCAAUGAAGAUUCUGGAACUGAGGUCAUUCAAGAUGUCCGAUGAUUUAAAACCUUUUUUGAAACACUUUGAAGAUUUCAAAAUUCCGGACAGAAACUUGACCACCCCAUUCGAUGGAUUACAUAAAUGUCUGGAGGCGUUUGAUUUCAAAGUGGAUUUCUCUACGGAAAAAUCCAGCCUUGAAGCAACAAUCAAACAGUUCUCAAAGAUUGAAGCAAUGGAUGAAAAGUUUAAAGAAUCGUGGGAUAAAUUGGUAAAGUACACUGAUGAAAAAGAAUACGAUGGAUUAACAAAUUUAUUGCGUAAUAGAGAAUAUAAUCGCGAGAAGCUUGUUGAACAGUUGUCCAAGGUUAACGUGACGGAGUUACAACAGCUUGAAAUGGAUUUGAACGUAACAAUCAAUGGGCGAGCAGGAGAGCCAAUGACAUAUUACGAAAAAACAGCCAGAGAAAUACAAGACUUGCUGGUUAAAGUGGAAUAUGAUAAAAUGAGGAAGGAGACCAAAGUUAUUACUGAUAAGCUCAACAAUGUUAAACAGUUCCUGGAUUGUCAUUCUGAUUUAAACAUUUCGAUCGAUGAUACAGUUGCACUAAUGGAUAUACCGAAAGAAACAUGGAAUUUCAAUCCGUUGAGGAUGUUGGGACUGGUGGAUAUUGUGAGUCUUUUCAAAGAUGCAUACGAGAAGAUGGUAGAGAUUCGGGAUUGGAAACUAGAAAGUAAUCCGUCGAUUGAAAACUUUCUAUUGGAUUCUGAAGAUGUGAAGGCGAUGUAUGAUGGAAAAGAGGCAUUUGAAUCCGUUAUGAGGAUUCAUGAGUACUGGGAAGAGAUGGAAGACUGGGAUGAGGAGGAGUUCGAAGGACACGAUGUUGAAUGGAAAUCUAUUCGUGAUGGUGUAUCUGGUCUGGUGAAGAGUCUGGGACAGUUGAAAUCGAAUUCAGAGCUAUCCGAUGUUCAAGAACUAAUUGCCACUAUUCAGUUUCCAGUGGAUAUGCAGAUAGAUGAGUUUAAGACAUUCAUCAGAGGGGAUUACGAAGGGAGUGGACGAUUCGAAAUACUGAAAGUUCUGAAGGAUCUGGAAAAGCUGAAAACGGACUUCCCAGAUAUCGCGGGUAAACUGGAAAAGAUGAACCAGUCGAUAGCUAAGAUGAAGGAGUGGGAAGAGAAGGAACAUCCAAAAACUGUAGAUCAGAAAGAACCAUUUGUGGAUUGUGCAGUGAGUCAUCACAACAAAUGCAAUGAGCCUUUGACACUCCCAGACGGGUCACUUGAACCAUUGAAGAAAGUGGAGUUGUGA